AUGGAGGACAGGGUAUCCUCUCAAGAUACUCAGGAAAUCUUUGCUUUUCUCAACCAUAACAACAUUGAAAGAGAAACUACAGUUUACACGAGCACCAGCACAACGACGAUUCGUUCAUGGCGUACCAGCGUUGUGAAUCUCAACGGGACUGGCCGUCCAUCAACACCAUCUCCUGGCUCCAAGCCAGUACAACAUACAGAAUCAACUGAAGGAUCUCUAGAUCAAUCCACGUCGGAAUUCGCAUCACCAGCGUCAUCAUGUUCUACCAUCAAGGAUUCUCAGACGACCAAUUCAUUGUCAAACAGCCCCAGCCGAAGUAUUAUUCGCUCAACCUCAAUCAAGCGUUUCUAUCCAGCCACUCCCUUGAGUGUUGACGUGCCAGAGUGCGUCUUACUUGCACCGAAAUCUUGCUAUGAAGACUUCCAACCUCCUGAAGACGUGCCCAUUCUGUCAGAGAGGAAGGCUAUUCAAGCUCUGUCUCUGAUCACGGCGGAACGCGCUCAGACUUUCUCGGAGAUGCAGUUGGACGAAUUUGCAGUAUAUAUCGACAACGACAAAUUUCCAGAAGAGAUGCGAUCUUUGCAUCAUCUACACACAAAAAUCGGACACAGCAGUUUCUAUUUUGACGGCAUUAUCAGCAUUGGCAGUACCAAAUUCUUUGUGCGGCGUGUUCCUGUCGUUGCUGUUCCCAUUGGCAACUACGGUUCAAUCUCAAAACACACUGUCCGAGACAAUAUUUGGUUGCAAUCCUCUUUGAGCUAUAAUAGUUCGUUGUUCUACAAGUUGGGGAAGCCAGCCAAGGAGUAUGCAAGAUUCUUCUACCCCUUUCUAUGGGUGGCCGAUUUAGCCAAACAUUUUGUCGAUUUUCUCUACGUAAUGGCGGAGAGCAAACGCAGUGUUUCCAUUCAUCAUUUUCGAUCAACCUUUGCUGCAUGGUUGAAGGAGAGCCACGGAAGAUGGCCAGAAUUCAUUGAGUGGCUAAACCAGCAUCCGAGCGAUGACUACCGAACUUCAAUAGCCGCCAAUAUAGGAUUCCUGCACAAGGAGGCUUUGGGCGUGUUGGACCAUCAGAAGGCGUAUUCUCAUGCCAUCUGGGCCGAGAUUUGGGAAUUUCAGGCAUUCAAGAGGGUUCCGAAUAUUCAGGAGGAACCCCCAACCAUUGUCACCCAGUAUAUAUACGACUGUUUCAAGCAUCUUCCAUUUGGAGAUCGCCUCAAGGUUGUCCCUUUAAGUCUAAAGACCAAGACUCUCCGAAACGAUUUAAUCCGACAAAGGCAUUUGGAGUAUCCGUCAAGGUUACACCAGUCAACAAAAACACUCUCCAAGGCUGCGGAGGCGCGAAUCGCGAAUAUCCGGCCAGGCGAUACAAUUUCAACCCGUCGAGAUGACGCAGCAUCCGGCACACUGUGGAAACGAGAGCUAUCCGAGGGUUCCGCCGAUGUGGACCGAUGGUUUGCACUGGUACAGUCUGUUCAUGUGAACGAAAAGGGGGUGCGAACGUUUGAUGUGAUUUGGUAUUACCAGCCCGUGGACACUCUCUGUGGCCUAAUGAAAUAUCCCUGGAACAAUGAGCUUUUCCUCUCAGAUCAUUGCUCUUGCUCUGAGACGUCAAAGAUUGAAGAAAAUGAAGUCCUUGGCGUCCACGAUGUUGAUCUUUGGGGUACGUCUACCACUGCUGCGGAAUUCUUCUGUCGACAAACCUAUCUCCAAGAGAGCAGAAGGUGGGUGACUCUGGACCAAAGCCAUCUUGGAUGUUGUCAUACCUCAUCGCUCCCGUUGGAAAGCCACUCGUUAAAGGUUAGAUCGGGAAAUACAUAUCUGCUUCAUUUAGACUUGAAGAGUUCCCGUUCGGAGCCAUGCGAAUUCAUGAGCUUCGUGAGAGAAGACAAACGGAGAGUUUAUCAAUUCAGGAGACUGUUGCGCCGUCACCAAGUUGACCCAAAUGCUCGGGAUGCUCGGCCAAACGAGCUUAUAUACAGCGAGCAGACUUGCAAGGUCAACAGAGACCGAAUCACGGGCCCGUGUUCUGUAAGAUUCUUUCGAGACGGUGAUGGGAUUCCUACACCGUAUGAUCACGAUGGCACAGGGAAUCUCUUCUACAUUACGCACCGUCAGAUAGUCGCUGAAGGAGUCUCAAUCUGCGUGCCAUUAGAGGAAGCACCGAAAUCUUUGCAUCAAGGCUUUGAUCCACUCCAAGAGUUGCAAAAGCUUCGUGGAAUCGAUUUGUUCUGCGGAGGAGGCAAUUUUGGCAGAGGCCUUGAAGACGGCGGAGGUAUCGAGAUGAAAUGGGCAAACGAUUACGACGCCAAGGCCAUACACACGUACAUGGCCAAUGUCAAGAAGCCUGGGGACGUUCACCCUUUCCUCGGCUCAAUCGACGAUCUGCAGCUCGCUGCCAUCCAAGGCCAGUUUGCAAACAAUGUGCCUCACAUUGGAGACGUGGACUUUGUGUCGGGCGGCAGCCCCUGUCCUGGCUUCUCCCGCCUCACCAACGAUAAGACGACAGCAGCACAGAGAAAGAAUCAGUCUCUUGUUGCGGCUUUUGCGUCCUUUGCGGAUCUCUAUCGACCAAAAUACGGCGUCCUGGAGAAUGUACUUGGAAUGAUACACAAGAAGGAGAGCCGGAAUCAAGAUGUUUUCAGCCAGCUCAUUUGCUCUCUAGUUGGCCUGGGCUACCAGACACAGUUUUUCUUCUUGGACGCAUCGUCUUGCGGUUCGCCGCAGCCCAGACCGCGCAUAUUCGUUGUCUUCGCCGCUCCGGGGCUUGAACUGCCAACAAAGCCGGUGCAAACACACUCUCAUCCCCCCAAGAUCCGAGGGGUUGGAGUUGGAUGGUUGCCCAAUGGCCAGCACAUGGCAACUCGGGAGAUGCCUGCAGCCACUCCGUUCAAGUACAUAUCAGCAGAAGAAGCGACGGCCGACUUGCCACCCAUUCACGAUGCCAAGCCUGAUAUAUGCGUGGCCUAUCCCGACCACCGCUCGCAUUCCAGUACGAAGACGGAGCGAGCUCGAAUCUCAGUCAUCCCAGUUCGGCCGUGGGGUAUGAGUUUUGCGCAAGCUUGGUACGGAGAGGACAAGGCAAAAGGCGGCUCGGGCACGAUGACUACAGCUGAGCGUGGGCUGUUCCCUGGGACGAAUCAAGAGAUGGACGUGUCAAAGCAGCCAUUGUCGGUGCAGCCCCAGUCGAAUGCGUACGGGAGAAUGUUUCCAAAUAAGCUGUUUAAUACAGUCACGACCAGACCGACGACAAACGAUGCAAAGAACGGGCGACUAUUGCAUUGGCGAGAAAACAGACUGAUAAGCGUCAUGGAGGCACGCAGAGCGCAAGGGUUUCGCGAUGAAGAAGUUCUACUCGGCGAUCCAACGAAUCAGUAUAGAAUCGUGGGCAACAGCGUCGCGAGACAAGUUGCCGUUGCGCUUGGAGUAAAGUUUCGCGAAGCGUGGGUGACGAGUUUGAAGAGGAACAGGGAACUCGAGCGUGCAAGCAGCCGAGGAGCUGGAAGAGUUGAAGACUUUGCAGAGGAUCGAGUCACUUUGGAGACUAUUGCGAUGAAUGAUGGAAAGGGCACAUCGGCAAGGCAGCUCAAGGCCUUGAGGAUUAGAGCACGAAGCACUAGGGAUUUGACAACAUCGACAAGUGUGGAUGAGGCGCGAGGAAGCGGCAGAAGGGCCUCUACACAGAUCCAAGAGACGCCUGUGAGGAAUAAAGGGUUACGUUCGACUAGUGUGGUGGUGGAAAUACCCCAGUUUUCGAAGAGAAGAAGGUUGAAUAUGAACUGA